GGGGCAAGGUGAGAAAAGCAGGAAGGGGACUGGGGCUGCACACUGAUGUCUCUGCAAUGAAGGGUGCUGCAUUGGAAACUGUCCUCUGCCCCUGUGGAGCUCAGGGACUUUUAUGUCUGUGUGUGUGCGCAACGCUGUGUUGUUACGGGCUAAUAAUGUGAAGGAUUGUGAACGUCAGUGUCGAGCUGGCUGUGCUCAUGACUAUCACAGCAGCAGCCGCAGAGGGAGCUGACACACACACACAUACACAGAGGAACAUCCUGCAGACUGCUCCUGACACUCACCAGCCUCAGAGAGAGAGAGAGAAUUUCCUGCCAUUCUCUCCCCUCCUCAGCCCCAGCUCUUUAUUUUACGGGUUUUUUUGUUGUUGCUGCUGUUCUGACAGCGCUCUGGGUCUGUCCCCACGUUCCCCAGUGACUCCCUGGGUCAUGGCCGGAGAACAUGCUUUAGAAAGCAAGGGUUACUAAUCCCUCCCUCCCUUGCCCUCCCAGCUGGGAGGGGGGAGAGGCUGAGGAGACAUCUCCCCAUCUGAAGGUGGAAGAGUUCUCAUGUGCAUCCCUGUGCCCUGGGCGGUAGUUAGCAGGGGAGGGUUGGGGUGGGUUUGUACGCACACGCACAGACAGGGAAUGAAUGGACCAGGCUGGAGUGAGUUAGAGUGAGCUGUGUCCCUCAAUGUUCCGCCCUGGGGGCUGCCUGUUGCUCACCCUCUGCCUGUCCCUACUACUGCCUGCUGCUGCGGCUAUGGGCUGUAUUAGCAGCCUAGUGUGUAAACCCCGAGUCUGCCGUGAAUCCAUCUGUCUCAAGGAACUCUCCGCCACCAUCGACACCAAUCCCACGGUCAUCGACGAGAGCUCGGACAUUGUGCUCCGGUACCGGACCCCGUAUUUCCGAGCGACCGCCCGGGUCUGUGUGCCUCCAAUUCUCCGGGCCGAGACGUGGGUGGUCGGCUGGAUCCAAGCCUGUAACUACAUGGAGUUUUACAACACGUACGGGGAGCUGGGCAUGUCCAGUUGGGAGCUGCCUGAUCUAAGAGAAGGGAAUAUUUUGGCAAUAAGUGACUCUGAUGGAGUGAAUUACCCCUGGUACGGGAACACCACGGAAACCCACACCAUAGUGGGGCCCACCAAAAGGGAGGUGCGCUUUACGGUCAGCAUGAACGAUAACUUCUACCCCAGUGUGACAUGGGCUGUGCCAGUCAGUAGGUCGAACACCCCCCAGCUCACCAGCAUCAUGAGGGACCAAAGCUUCACCACAUGGCUGGUGGCCUCCAACAUGGGCACGGGGGAAAUCAUCGUUCUGCAGACCAUCAAGUGGAGGAUGAAGCUUCACAUCGCCGUGGAUCCCAGCAAAACGCUGGGGGAGCGGGCCGUGCUGCUGGAGCCCAUCGAGCAGGAGACCCCCUUGAUCCUCAACAGGAACGAGCCCAUUGCUCCCAACGCCCUGAGGAAACCGAACGCCAACGACGCCCAGGUCUUAAUGUGGCGGCCCACGGGAGGGCAGCCCGAAGUGGUCAUCCCCCCGAAAAUCUGACAGGCGCCACAAUCGCUAGCGAAUGAUUCGGCUCAGGUCGGACAUCACGGAGAGGGCAGUGGUAGGGUGGGGGCGGUAACAGAGGUCCCCAAAGCGACACGUCUUGACGCACAGAAAUACAACCAUUCUACCUUGACCUGGAAACGGUUGUCGGGGUGUGCGGAGACCGUCACUGUGCUGCAACACGAUUGGUUAACUCAGCUCAAACAAAAGGCCAUCGCACUGUGGGAUCAGCUCAUCACAAAGAGUCUUCCUCUGCCCCGUCUGCUCUCUUCAACAACGCACUGCACAACCCCACAAAACUUCACUUCAAUAUCCUGUCUCAAACUGGAACUGCACUUGAACAUGAACCUUUGCGAUUUUAUUUGUUUUUU